GACCCAAAUACGACCUCCGUCAAAAAAUACCUAACCCGCUUCCGACCCGACCCAACCCAACAGCCGCCGCCUUCUAGGGCCUGCCGCCGCCACCGUGUCCGGCCUUUCCUCGGCGGCGCCCCCAACGUUGCCCUGCUUUUAACGGCCAUCUCCAUUCCCGCUCCCCCUCACCAUCUGCUCGUCCCUGCCGUCUCAACUUCGUGCCGUCGGCUACACAGGAAAACGAAUGACGAAGGAAGGUGAAAGGGGUACUGUUGCUGAAUAUGAAGAUUUGUGGGCGGAGACAACGAGAAAUAGUAAAAAUCCGUCUUUCAACCUACGGCAGGCAUUUUUCAGGAGUAGAGAGAUUAGAGAAUUUGCCAGCGGGGCGUUAGCUGGUGCUAUGUCCAAAGCUGUUCUUGCUCCCCUUGAGACUAUCAGGACAAGAAUGGUUGUAGGUGUAGGAUCGAGACAUAUAGGUGGUAGUUUCGUGGAGAUCAUGGAACAAAAUGGGUGGCCAGGGCUUUGGGUGGGUAAUACAAUCAACAUGAUUCGCAUUAUUCCAACUCAAGCAAUUGAGCUUGGAACAUUCGAGUAUGUCAAAAGGGGCAUGCGAACAGCACAAGAGAAAUGGAAAGAGGAUGGAUGCCCAAAGAUACAGCUUGGCAAUAUGAAAAUCGAGCUGCCACUCCACUUGUUAUCUCCAGUUGCUAUUGCUGGUGCAGCAGCUGGGAUAGCUGGCACAUUGACGUGCCAUCCUCUUGAAGUUAUUAAGGAUCGCUUGACUGUCGAUCGAGUAGCUUAUCCUAGUAUUAGCAUUGCCUUCAGCAAGAUAUAUCGAACUGAAGGUAUCCGGGGUUUCUAUUCCGGACUCUGUCCGACACUAAUCGGGAUGCUUCCAUACAGCACAUGCUACUAUUUUAUGUAUGACACGAUCAAGACUUCCUACUGCCGCCUACAUAAGAAGAAAUCUUUGAGCCGCCCCGAGCUACUAGUUAUUGGAGCUUUGACAGGUCUGACGGCGAGUACAAUCAGCUUCCCGCUGGAGGUGGCGAGGAAGCGUCUCAUGGUAGGCGCCCUGCAAGGGAAGUGCCCGCCCAACAUGAUGGCCGCACUGUCGGAGGUGAUCCGAGAGGAAGGCCUCUUGGGGAUGUACCGCGGCUGGGGCGCCAGCUGCCUCAAGGUGAUGCCCAAUUCGGGCAUCACCUGGAUGUUCUACGAGGCCUGGAAAGACAUGCUCUUGGCCGACCGAGACGAGCCCCGGCCCCGGGAUGAGUUGCUCUAGGGCUAGGCUGCCUGCCUGGCUUUGCCCUAUAAGAAUAAACAGUUCUUUUGGUGGCUUGUGGGAGUUCUGAUCCUUUUUUUUUUCAGUUUUCGAAAUCCCACGGAUCCACCUGGGCCGGAUGGUUUACAGUCUCACAGAGGUGCCGUUUUCUGAAAACUCGGUCUGGAAGCAUUUGUUUGCUUCCCUAGCUAAUUUGUAACGCCUCUGAUCCGAAUGCCUUUUGUUAACUGAUGAUGGUUACCAUUCACCCGGCUAAAGAGUUGACACGAAACUGUUUCUGCC